AUGGCUCCAUCCAAGUUGUUGUUAUGUUCUUUCUUUCUAGUGAUAUCUUCAUUGUUUUGUGUGGGUUUUGCCCAGAAAACUCCAGGGGCUUCAGGAGCUCAAUUGCCAUGCGUGCAAAAACUGCUUCCAUGCCAACCCUACUUGAAGGAUCCAUCCAAUCCACCAGCCUCAUGCUGCAUUCCCUUGAAGGAACUCGUAGCAAAUGAUAAACAGUGCCUUUGCCAAGUCUUCACCAACCCUGUACUCUUGAAGAGUCUCAAUAUAACACAGCAAGAUGCCAUGCAACUUUCCAAGGCUUGUAAUGCAAAUGCUGAUCCUUCCGAUUGCAAAACUGCGGGUGUACCUCCAACUGCUUCAUCACCACCACCAUCGACAUCUAACAGCUCUUCAAAGGCCAACUCCACAGCCAGCGGUCCUUCCAAGAAUGCCGCUGUUGGCGUGGGAGCCCCUCUUGGAGCGUCUGCAGUCACAGCCCUGCUGCUUUUUCUCGUACUUUCAAGCAUGGGAUGAAUUUGAUUUGUCAUUCAUGCAU